GGGGGGAUUCUGAAAUUUAGGGCAUAAAGCGCGCACGAAAACACCACGACGUCGUACAGCCUCGCCUCCGCAGAUAUCAAUGUUUUCUUCCUCCCAAGUAACCCUUCUUCUCCAAAUUUGACCGACGUAUAAUACGUAUUCUUCAUCUCGAACGUAAUCUCUGCUGGGAAUGGCGACGGAACAAGCAAAGCCCGCUACUGAGGAAGCGAAAGUCGAUCUUUUUGAAGAUGAUGAUGAGUUUGAGGAGUUUGAAAUAGAUCAAGAGUGGGAGGACAAAGAGGAAGGUAAAGAAGUAACUCAGCAAUGGGAAGAUGACUGGGAUGAUGAUGAUGUCAAUGAUGAUUUCUCGCUGCAGCUCAGGAGGGAAUUGGAGAGCAAUACUGAAAAAAAAUGAGGCUGUCUACAUCACUUAGUAGCUCUUGUGUUUUAAUGAUCUGAGGCUUCAAAAUUCUAUUUGCUCGGCGCCUUGUUGCUACUGAACUGAUGUUCUUAUCUUUAAUUAUGACUUUUGAAAAGAGAUCUCUUUUGUUGCCAA